GAUUAUAAAUUAUGAAAAUCCUUAAAUUAAGUAUAAAUUAGUAAUAAUUAUUUUGAAUUGAAACUUAUCUAUCGCCUUUUAUGGAAGUUCCUUUGCACGAAGUUGAUCAAUAUCUUUACAAUUCAAAUUAAAUGAAAGUCCAGUUCAAAGGACGACGAGGUUAUCUCACAAGAGUCACGAGUACUUGCGAGUUGCGAUGUAGCUCCAAGAUAUCUGAUUGUCGGCCUUAUGUUUAAUAAAUGAAACAAAUAACAAGGUCAUUACUUUAUUGCCGUGUUUAUAUCUUAGCUUAUUAGUGAGGAGAACUCUGCUAUCUAAACAUAUAAAUUUGCAAUUCAGACGAACCUUAUUUACCGGACAUGGCCAGUGAUAUAUUAUUUGUUGGUGUGGAUGUGGGCUCUGGUAGUGUUCGUGCUGCCCUUGUAGAUCAAAAGGGACAUGUGAUAAACUCCAGUGUGAAAGAAUUGCAAACAUGGAAACCAAAACCAGAUUACUAUGAGCAGUCCUCUACAGAUGUUUGGAACUGCUGUAUCCAUGUAAUUAAAGAUGUAGUGGCUGAUGUGAACCCAAAAAGUAUAAAAGGUAUUGGGUUUGAUGCUACAUGUUCUUUGGUGGCUUUGGACACAAACUGUAACCCUAUCGCAGUAAGUAACUCAAACAAUAAUGAGCAGAAUAUCAUUAUGUGGAUGGAUCACAGAGCUCAAGCAGAGGCAGACUUGAUAAAUAAAGCCAAUCAUGAAAUUCUCAAGUACGUAGGAGGUAAAGUCAGUUUAGAAAUGGAAAUACCCAAGCUGCUGUGGUUGAAGAAACAUCUCCCUCAAAAAUGGUCAAAUUUUGGCUACUUCUUUGAUUUACCUGACUUUCUGACAUGGAAAGCUACGGGAUCAAUGACUCGAUCUCUUUGCUCUCUUGUGUGCAAAUGGAACUAUGAAUGUUCUAUAGAUGGCAAACAGGGAUGGAAUGUGAGUUACCUGCGUGAAAUUGGAUUAGAAGACCUUGCACAUAAUGACUUCCAAAAACUUGGAAACAAGGUCUUGAUGCCAGGAGAAAAAUGUGGCGGUCUGUUAGACGAUGUUGCUAAAGUGUUGGGGCUGUGUGCAGGCACUCCUGUAGCAGCUUCCAUCAUUGAUGCUCACGCUGGUGGUCUCGGUAUGAUAGGCACAAAUGGUGAAGGAAUUGACAAAGACAUGUCCAGUAGACUGAGCUUGAUAUGUGGCACUUCCACAUGUCACAUGGCUGUGAAUAAAAAUGCUGUGAUGGUUGAAGGUAUUUGGGGUCCUUAUUUCAGUGCAAUGGUGCCGAACAUGUGGCUUAAUGAAGCCGGACAAAGCGCUUCUGGUAUGUUGCUAGACUAUAUAAUAUCAAGUCACCCAGCUGGGAUUGAGCUAUUGAAGAAAUACAGUACUGGAGAUGUUCGCAGCCAUUUACGGAAGCUGCUUGUGAAAAUGGCACAAGCCCAAGGACUAAAAGAUGUGAGCUUGUUGACUAAAGAUUUCCAUGUAUGGCCUGAUUUUCAUGGUAAUAGAUCACCAUUGGCUGACCCUACCAUGAAGGGGAUGGUAAUAGGACUCACUAUUAAUAGUAGUGAAGAGAAUCUGGCAUUAUUGUAUCUAGCCACAUUGCAGGGUUUGUCGUAUGGCACGAGACACAUCAUGGACGCCUUAGUGUCGGCUGGUUAUGAUGCAUUUAAGUCACUAUUAAUAUGUGGUGGUAUCACAAAGGAUCCUCUCUUUGUGCAAACUCAAGCAGAUGCAGUUGGAUUACCUAUUUUGAAACCGCACGAAAAAGAAUCUGUGCUGGUUGGUUCAGCUAUACUAGGAGCUUGUGCCUCGCAGUACUUUAACAACGUCCAAGAUGCUAUUCAAAACAUGGGUGGUACAGCUGAAGUUAUCUCUCCAAAUCCUGCUCUGAAACCCUAUCAUGAUAAAAAAUAUAGGGUCUUCCUAAGGAUGUUUCAGGACCAAUUAAAAUACAGAAAUAUUAUGAACUCAUGAAUCAUCAAGUUUAGGUAUGAUUUAUUAAGUUUUAUUAUAUUGAGUAAUAUGUUUUC